AUGAUUGGAGGUAGGUUUGAAGCACUGCUGGAAGUAGAAGAGAAUGAUUUGCAACAUUUAACUUCUGAAUUCUCUAAAGGUAUGGACGAGAUAGCAAUGGAAGUUCUAGGAAAGGCACGAACGAGAAAACAACCCUGGAUGACACAAGGUAUUUUGGACGCAUGUGACAGAAGGCGUGAACUAAAGGCGAGAAAGUUCAAAGACAGCGACACGGAAAAGGAGUAUAGAAAUGCUAACAUCAUGGUCAGCAAAGAAAUCAGGAAAGCGAAGGAAGCAUUUCUAGAACAAAUAUGCCAAGAAAUAGAACAAGGAUUUGAAGGAAAUAACAGCAAAAAGACUUUUGACACAAUCAAACAGCUGAACAGAGAGAAAUGUGCAAGACAGUCAGUUAUAGAAGAUAAAAAUGACAAUCUUUUUACAGAAAGUAGUAUGAUCCAGGAGCGCUGGACUGAAUAUGUGAAAGAGCUAUACAGGUACCCAAUCCAGACUAGCCCAGAGAUUAUAAAAGAACCACUAAAGAUGCUGACCCUGACAUCACAAGAAGAGAAAUAA